AUGGAUCUCGCAAGAAGCCUCAUCCGGAUCGUGGCCCGUACAUUCUACGAGACCCGCCACAUUCUUGUGAUUGAUGCUCUUUUCAUACACUCAGUCCUCCAUGCAGAGGAUCUAGCUCUUCUUCUUGGAAUGCAGCAGAAAGACCUUCGGAAGCUCUGUGGCCGCUUACGGGAGGACCGCCUUCUCGCAGUACAUUCUCGCCCUGAGCUGCGUGAAGGGCAAACGCGCCCCGUUAACCGCGAAUACUACUAUAUUCCUCUCCAUCCUGUGAUAGAUGCCAUCAAAUACCGCGUAUCUCGCCUGACCUCGGCCAUCAAAACCCAGUACACUCCGAGCGCGGAAAGGAAGGAGUACGUAUGUCUGCGGUGCAAAGCGGAAUGGACCCAGCUUGAGGUCCUGAGCCACGUUGGCCCGGAUGGUUUUGAAUGUCAGCGGUGUGGAAAUUUGCUUUCAAGAACAGACGAGGUAGAAGGUGGCUCGGGCUCUGACCGUACCGGACAUGAGAAAAACAGCAAGCUCAUGGCUCAGCUGGAUCCUAUGCUGAAACUUUUAAAACAGAUUGACUCUGUGGAGGUGCCGCCUAACGAUUUCGAGACCGCCUGGGAUCACAAGGUCGACGUCAUCCGAAAUCAAUAUAUCAACCCAUCCAGGCCUGGUAUGGUUGUCUCGAAACAAGCGGCCGUUCGAGGAGUUUCCAAGACGGAUGCUUCGACUCUUGAGGUUUCGCUUAGCUCUUCCGCCGAGAAAAGUGCAGAGGAGCAAGAGAGGGAGGAAGCAAGGAAGAUAGCGCUGGAAAAGCAAAACGCACUUCCGAUUUGGCACACCCAGUCCACUGUUACUACGGAUAUACGGCCUACUCAGAUGAAGACGGAGACUAAUGGAGUGAAUAUCAAGCGUGAAGUGGAUAUCAAACCUGAAAUCAAAGAGGAACAGAAACCGGAUGUCGAGAGCCUGGACGACAGUGUUGCGGCAUAUUAUGCGGAAAUGGCGCGCGAGAAGGAGAGAGAAGCCAAAGAGGACGUGAGCGAGGAGGAAUCCGACGAGGAAGAAGACGAGUUUGAAGACGUUGGCGUGACGCCAAGUGUGGUGGGGACGCCUGCAAAUCUGGAUGCAGUCAAGGCGCCUUCGUUCAAUGGCUCGUUGAAGAGAGAGCUCGAAUCGGAAUCUGGAAGCAGUGCGCCUCAAACCAAUGCUCCAACGCCGAUCACGCCAGCUGAUGACGGGCCGGCAGCUAAGAAAGUGAAGUUGGAGCCAGACGUCAAGAAGGAGGAAUCGGACGAGGAAGAGGAUGAAUUCGAAGACGUUUAA